CAUGGUGCUAGCCAUACGCUCUGGCAUUGACGAUGAGAUACAGUGGGCGCUUGAGCGGUGCUGUCGGCUAUCUCAUAGCGAGUCCUUCAAGCUCAGCAUCAUACCUGGAUUGCUAGAAGCAUUCAUGGAAUGGCCGCAGUGGUACGCUGCUGAAUGCGCGAGACAACAAGCACACGGCUCCUCCAUAUUUUCCCUUCCCCCCGACCUCGCCACCAAACGGCGACACGCGAUCGAGUCGCUCUUCGCGCUUCGCAAUGCUGCUUACACCGAAGGGGCGCCAGCCCAGCUCAUCAGCAAUCCGGCUACCCUCCCCCUCAUCCUCGACAUCCUCACCUACUGCGAUCCGACGCACGACGAGAAUGUGGAGCUCAUAUCCUAUGCGAUCGACAUCUUCCACGUCGUCGCACCCGACUAUGUCUUGCUGCCAAAUCCUUGGUCCCCCCCGAGUCCCCUACCCGCUCUCAUGCGCAUAUUCGAGAAGACGUCAAUACGAUCGCUACAUACCACUGCUUUUCGCAUGCUGAGCGCCAUCUUCACGAACCCACGCAACGUGCAGUACAUCCCAAUCGAGUCGGAAGCGCUAGCUGUCGCUAUACGAUAUGCGCCUCUCUUCCGCAUGGAUAGCGAACUUGUCGACGCUGGCCUCAACUACCUCUUUGCGUAUCUGUCGCAACCGACAAUGGCGAAGAGGUUCUUGCUUCAUCCCUCUUUACCAAGUCUUCUUCGGGUGCUAGUAAACAUCCUUUUGGUGCAACAGGCUCGGGAUACCGUCUCGGACGAAGUCAGCGGGCCUGUGCAUGUUAUCCCUUCUACGCAUUCAUUGAACUCGGAGUACGAGCCAACUACGACAGAGAUGCAGUCUCUGCUUGCACUGCCCGAGCCAGAAAGGAACAAGAAGUGGAUGUCGAUUAUGUUCGUGCCCAGACCAGGAGGAGAGAUCACCCAGGUCGACUUCUACAACCUGUACAAAAUAGCGUUCGCCCCCUACGCCGCUCAAACACCCCUCCUCGACCCCGGCUAUGUCAUCAAGAACGUUCACGAAGUAUUCCCUGCGGCAUCCGCGCAGGUCGCCGGUGCCGAGGGCGCUCAGCGGUACAUCAUUGCUGGCAUCGCGCGACGGACGAGCUUCGAGGCCGCGGACCGAUUUAGGUGCAAGUGGAAUAGGCUACAGUGCGAUGCGCCAUUCUUCUCUGGACCCGCGCCUUUGACGGAGCAUGUGAUGGAGCACCUCAAGCCGGGCGAGGGGGAGGACGAAAACAUCGAGCUUCCGUGCUUGUGGGCGAAGUGCACUGCUGGGCCUUUCCCGCGAGCACGGCUACGCGCCCAUCUGCUCACCCACAUACCGACUUCGCAACGUCCGGCGAGAGAUCCUUCGCAGAGCGACGACAUCACCCUAUCCUCCGCGACCGCACAGUAUCCCAUGGUGAACCCGACCCAGCGCCCUCCGCCCCCACUCCGAAGGACCGUCGUGACCUACACUGUACCCGUCGGCGAGCCCAAGACGCUCUCCCUGACCGCGCUCCUGUGCAUCCGCUGCCUCUACCGCGCGUCGACGGAGACAUCGGAGGGCGCGCCGCACGCGGACGACGACCACUUCGGGUUCCCGGGCGUGGUGGAGGAGGACGACGAAGACAUCGCGCAGGUCAGCGAGCUCGGGCUGGAGAAGGAGAAGCAGGCGGAGGCGCGGGGGAGGAGGGCGUUCGCGGCGGUGAAGCACUUGAUGGAGAAUGUGCAGAUCAAGGACGAUGCGCUGCAGGGGUGGAUUAUGGAGAUGGCGUACUCGGAGUAGUAUACGUAGGGGACGACGGCUUGUGCAUGCCUGCUGUACUGUGGUGUACUGUACGCAGAAGGGAGGUGCAGCCGACAUCUUGUCAUGUUCGUCAUUGUGCCAUGGAGCGUGGACACGUGUCGCGCGCGCUCCUUGUCCUCCACUUCCA